AUGGAGGAGACGCUGAUGAAGUUUGAAACAUACGAAGAUUACCUGGACUCGCACAUCACCGACACGGAUCGGUUUUAUCUGGAAGAAGAACAGCUGGCACGUCAACUUGUCGAGAUAGGCUCUUUGCGAGGAACAGUGCUGUCUAGGGAAGCAUUCUACGCAGGGAAAGAGCAGCUCGAAGUGGCUCGGCGCGCGACAAACCACAGUCCCCAGAAACCUCUGUGCAGCAGCGGCAAGGAUUUGAGCGGCAGCGUUGUACUCCGACACCUGGCCGCGAGAGAGGAUCUUGUGAAGAACGGCAAACUCUCAACUAUCAUAUUCAUUCGAGACGUUAAUAAGCGCGGCCAGGAAAUAAGCGGGUACAUCGACUACGGCGACCGACUGAAGAAGGAAAACUUCGGACCGUACUUCGACCGCAAAAAAAGACUACUGCCGAAACCGUCGGACUUAUCGUACUGCGUCUUGGACUCGACCUUUUGCUGUAUCAAUGACAGUGCGCAUUUCCAAGUUAUUCCCGACCAGCGACAGGGCCUCCUCUUCAAGCACAAGCGAGACCGGAAAGUGAUAAACGUCGAUCCUCAAGCAGACCCGGGAGACAAUUCGAAGCGCCACGAAGUUGAAACGUCUGAAUACAUCCAGUUCGUUCUUUACGAUCACAUGAGCAGAAGAAAAGGCUAG